CGCUGGUGUGAGGACAUCGACUGAGGAUUAGAUUUUUAUCCACUGUUUUUUUUACACAGGAUUUGUUUUUUAUCCACUCGAAAGACGAUUUCUAUUUUGAUAUCAUCUUUUAUGGUGCGAAGUGAGAAAGGAAAAUAUUGAAAACUGUUAAACAUUACUGACACCCUGUGGCCGACGCAAGGGGAAGGCAUGGCACCCCGAGGAAACGGGGGAGCCUCGGGUAGCCUGUUCACCGCGUACCGAGGCCCCGAAAUGCCCCUCCAUCACCAGUACGGCCCUCCACCCACUACCACCUACACCCCCAAUCCACACUUCACCUACAGCCCCCGAUACUCUGUCAGUCCGAUGGCCACAUCACUCGACCCUUCAUCCCGCUCUGCAAUGGUCUAUCCAGCUAAUCCGCAGGGAGCUCGAAAGCAGAGGAGGGAACGGACAACCUUCACGAGAGCCCAAUUAGAUAUUCUAGAAGCCCUCUUUCAGAAAACCAGGUAUCCGGACAUCUUUAUGAGAGAAGAAGUCGCAAACCAAAUUAGAUUGGCAGAAUCAAGAGUUCAAGUGUGGUUUAAAAACAGGCGAGCCAAGUGUCGCCAGCAAGCACAAAAUCAAAAUGGCUCCAGUAAAAAUCGCUCCACCAAAAAGCAAGUUUCGAAGAGUCCUCCAGCCCAGGUUCCGUCUUGUAGCAGUCCUUCAACGUCCCAAUCACAAGCCAGUCCAGCGUCCGGAGACUCCAGUCCGUCCAUUCCCAUACAACCCAUACCACCAAGGAAUCUUCAGUACAGUCCCACAACCCAUUCGGACACUUACGUGCUGCCCAACAUAACCACCAGUUGCAUGCAGAAAUUGGAGUCCCCUACCUAUCAGUACAAUUGUCCGGCCGCGGCUGCAACGACCUACAAUACCAAUGGAUACUUCCAUCACCAGAACAGUCCCUACUCUUCUCUUCACUACGAUUCCUCCCCCUUUUAUAAUCCUUCCUAUCAACCCCUCACAUCGUCUCACAACAGGGGGGACAUGUACAACGCUUACUCGGCACUACCUCCACCACGAAAUGACUAUUUAGUGGACGAUUCCAAGCCCCAUCUCAAAUUCGAGAGUUUGUGAAAACGAGACUACAUUGUAAAUAAGGCCUAUUUUCAAAAGUUUUUCUUUCAUUCCUUACUUUUUUUUCUAAACAAAAAAA